ACAGUGCAAAAACAUCUUGACCAUGGCUGAAAACGCCGCACACCUCACAUCAGCAAUCACGGUUUCAUUGCCGUCCAUAUUUGAGGUUCUAGCACAGGACAGUUUGAUGGGGAGUGUCAGACCAGCGUUAAAACAUGCUGUAAAAGUACUUGCUGAAAAUAGACCUGAAAAGUUUGGUUUUCUUUUGAGAUGGUAUGAUGAAAUAUAUACAGGACUGGAUUUCAUUCUUCAGAACUAUUAUCUUCACAAAUACAGUGCAUCUUUUGCUGAAAAUUUCUAUGGCUUAAGAAGAUAUGUAAAUGGAGAUUCACACUCUAAGAACUUAUCAAGAAGAGCCCAUUGGAAAUCACUUGUAUGCUUGGUAAUUUUACCCUACCUGAAACUGAAGUUAGAUCACUGGUUUGAAGAGAUGAGACAUAAUCUGAACACAGGCCAAAUACCAAAGCACCAGGCAAUGAAGAGACUCUAUAGAGUUUUUGUAGCGGCAUAUCCUUACAUUCACAUGAGCUGGGAGGGCAGCAUGCUGGCCUAUCAGGUAGCCUACAUGUUUGGUAGAACAUCCUGGCAUUCUCCGCUCCUUCAUCUGUCUGGAACCAAGCUGUCUCAUGCUGAGGAAGAGGAGGAGGAAUCAGACAGACUGUCAUUUUCUGACCAGUGGUCAUCCUCCAGUUUAUCAGGGAAGCUAAACCUAGCCACAAGAAAAGCCGUGAGUGUCACAGCUGUCACCUUGUCUACAGGUCUGUCUGUAGGGGUGUUUUUCCUCCAGUUCUUGGAGUGGUGGUAUGCCAGUGAUAACAAUACACCUUCACUCAUGGCACUGCCUAUCCCCGAUCCUCCAAAGACUGACAGAGAUUUGAUAAAGACCUCACAUGAUAUUUGUCCAUUGUGUCUGAAAGUUCGUACGAAUCAUACAGCACUGUCUACAUCAGGGUUUGUCUUCUGUUAUCCCUGUAUCUAUGAUUACAUCAAGCAGCACAGAUGUUGUCCAGUCACCAGUUACCCAUCCAGACAGGAGCACCUGAUAAAACUGUAUCCUCCAGAUUCCUAAUCCAGACAAGAGCACCUGAUCAAAUUGUAUCUUCCAGAUUUAAAUCGAGACAGGUGCACCUGAUCAAGCUGUACCCUUCAUAUUCUUAAACCAGACAGGAGCACCUGAUAAAAACUCUUCCCUCCAGAUUCCCAAUCCAGAUGCCACUGGAUCCAGGUAUCUGGAAACAUUGGGAAAAAUAUAUCAAUCAAGCUGUGAUAAGACAAUGAUUAGUUCGGUUCUGUUUGAAUGAUAUCAUGAAUGAUAUCAUCAUACCAUUUGCAUUUAAAGACUGAAUGGUGAUGUGUUCUCUGUUGACUUUUAAUAUAUAUUUCACUGAUUUAUAUAGCUGCUCUAUAGAAUACCAGUGUAAAGAAGACAAGAAUCCAGCAAAGUCAAAUUGGAGUUUCAGUUGAUUUCUUAGUGUUCAAGUAUGAUAUUUCGUUAUAGGUACAUACAUCUAAUAAAGUUCUACGUAGGUAGACCUGCUGGUAAAAAUUUCAUAUGUUCUUUAUAAUGAUCAUAAGAGCCAUUUAAUUUGAUUAUAUAAAGGUCAUGCAUGUAUACAUGUA